AUGGCCCCAUAUGCAUUUGUCACCAUGCUCACCUCUGAUCCAUAUCUGCCUGGCUGCUUGGUCACGGCACAUUCGAUUAAACAAUCGGAGAAAGACAACGCAGCUCAAGACUUUGAUCUUGUCUGCCUGAUCACGUUGGACUCCGUCAGCGUCGAGUCAAUCAAAGCACUCAGAAAAGUCUACAACCUCGUCAUUUCAGUUGAUGCGAUCAGCUCAUCCAACAAAGAUGAGCUCAACUUGCUCGGCAGGCAGGAUUUAUCUGGUACCAUCACCAAGAUACAUAUAUGGAGACUAGUCCAGUAUCAAAAGGUCAUCUAUGUUGAUGCGGAUACCCUGAUCCUCAAAUCAAUAUCUCACCUAUUUCAACUUCCGAAUGAGUUCUCGGCCUCUCCAGAUACUGGCUGGCCCGAUUGUUUCAACUCCGGCCUUAUGGUCAUUCAACCAAACCUAGAUGUAUUCGAUCGACUCUAUGCUUUCUUCUUCGAGCGUGGUAGUUGGGAUGGCGGGGACCAGGGAGUUUUGAAUGAUUUUUUCAGUAGUGAUGAUGAGACAUUCGAAGAUGGAACCCAACGUCCAAGGUGGAAUAGACUCAGCUUCGCGUAUAAUGUCACUCCAUCCGCGUAUUACAG